CCCAGUCUAAUUAGCUAAUGUAAAGAUGGGAAAGCGUGCAGGCUCCAGUCGAGGGUUUUUGCAACGGGUAAGAAGUUGGAACUAAGAAGGACCCCCAACCCAUAUGGGAAUCGUCGUUCCUGGCUCAGCUCGACAGUCAUGGCGAAAAAGGAUAAAUACCUCUAGCAGAGCCUGUCUGAAUCUCUUUCCAUCCUAGGUGUUCUAUCCUUCCUUCGCGUCAUCUUUCCGUUUGCUGUGCUGCCCGAGUGCGGGAGAGUAGACUGCUCUCUCUCGAAAUCUUCUCCCUCCCGGCCAGUUCCUCUAGGCUAGCUUUCUCUCCCUAUCUCCCUUCCUUUCCCCCUCCUUUUCUUUUCUCCUUCCUCUCUCCAUCACCAUGGCGCAGUCAUCUCAGAGUCCUGAAGAUCUCGACGUGGAGGCCAGUGGCGACCAGCCGCCCGACGACCAGCAACGGGUCGGUCGCUCUCAAACCAUCGCUUUCGACGAGAUCUCCCUGGCAGAUGGCUCUCGUUCGAUCUACCAGCCUCGCCAGACAAGAAUCACCCGGUCCAUGAGUCGUGAUACGAUGCGAAGCGCCCGCAGCAACAACGCCCAGUCCACUGCAAACAGCGGGAUCCCCAUCGAGUUCCGCACUCUCUCCAUCCAGAUCACAGAAUCCAAGAGUGCGACCGAGGAAGUCCUCAAGGCCAGGCAGAACAAGGAAAAAAAGCCAAACCAGGACUAUUUCGAGGGCCUGGAUUUCCACAUCAUCAGUCCGGAUGUGCUGUAUCAACAGUUCAAUGUCGAUGUCAAGUCCGGUCUGAGUUCGUCGGCCGCCGCAUCUCGACUCCAACGGGACGGCAAGAAUACCAUCGCGCAUCACCGGGAGAACUACCUCAAGAAGAUCCUCGGUUAUGUCUUUGGAGGUUUCUGCUCCGUUCUCUGGGUCGGUGUCAUCAUCUUCUUCUUAUGCUACAAGCCUCUCAGCAACCCCCCCUCGAUAACAAAUCUCGCCAUGGCCGUACUCGUCAUCAUCGUCAUCAUCCUCCAAGCCAGCUUUUCCGCCUUCCAGGACUGGUCCACGAAGAAAGUGAUGAACUCGAUCCUCGACCUGGUCCCCUCGGAUGCCCUGGUGCUGCGCGACGGGAAUCGAACCCGCAUCCCUUCCACCGAUCUUGUGGCGGGCGACGUCGUCUACAUCUCCAUUGGCAACAAAGUCCCCGCCGACCUGCGUAUCGUUGAGAGCUCCGGCGACGUUCGUUUCGACCGUGCCCUCCUCACCGGCGAGUCCGACGAGGUCGAGGGCGCCACCGACUACACCGACGAGAACUUCCUGGAAACACGCAACAUCGCCAUGAUGGGUACCAGCGUCACAAACGGCAACGCGGUCGGAGUGGUGGUCCUCACCGGUGCACGGUCGGUCGUUGGCCGUAUCGCCACCAUGACCACCGGCGUCAAGGAGAAGCCCACCCUGAUCCAGAAGGAGAUCUCUCGGUUUGUCACGAUCAUUGUCAUCCUCACCGCCAUCCUCGCCUCUCUGAUCCUCUUCACUUGGGUAGGAUGGCUGCGCGUGGAUCAUCCUUCCUUUAUGAAUGUAGUUGACAUGCUCAACGACGUCAUGGGAUGCGUGGUCGCUUUCAUUCCCGAGGGUAUGCCGGUCGGUGUUGCUCUGACACUCAUGAGGGUCGCCAAACGCAUGAAGCAGACCAAUAUCCUCCCCAAGGGGCUCGCCACUGUCGAAACGUUGGGCUGUGUCAAUGUCCUGUGCUCAGACAAAACCGGCACCCUGACCCAGAACAAGAUGUUCGUCAGGUCUCUCGGCUUCGUCGAUCAGGAAAUUAGCGUGGACGAUGUCAUGCAAGCGGCCAAGAAGGGAGUCGACGCCACAAACUCUCUCAAGCAUCUCCUUCAAGGAUCGAUUCUCUGCAACGACGCCAGUUUCGAUCCGACCACGAUGGAUUCGCCCGUGGACGAACGCGCUGUGAAUGGCAAUGCCACCGAUGCGGCUGUUCUGCGCUUUGCGGAAAACCUUUGCCCCGAUGGACUGGCGCAGCUCGCCCAAUAUGAGCGGAUUCAUCAGAUCCCGUUCAACUCCAAGAACAAGUGGAUGCUCACUAUGCACAAGAACCCGGCCACCGCCGCCAGCGCCAACGAAUACCUGGUCUACGUUAAGGGGGCCCCAGACGUGCUUCUGCCCAAGUGCACGUCCUACUGGUCUGGUGUGCAUGGCGAGGUGCGAGCCCUGGACCAGGAGACUCGCGCGCUCUUUUCUGAGUUCCAGGUCAGGCUCUCGAAACGAGCAGAGCGUGUCAUCGUCCUGUGCCAAAGACACUACACUCCGCGUGCCGCGAUCGCCUCAAAUGAUUUCAGCGACGAGAUCAUUGCGGAGGGUGUGCAAGACCUGACCGUGAUGGGCAUUUUCGGCAUCAUUGACCCUCCCCGGCCCGAGACGGCUCACACUGUCAGGCUGUGCCGGCGUGCGGGCAUCCGAUUUUUCAUGGUGACCGGCGACUUUGGCCUGACGGCUGCCGCUAUUGCUCGUGAUAUCGGCAUCUUCACUGGCACCGCCGAACCGGACACGAUCCAGGACCUGCGUAAAAAAGACACCGCUGGCGGUGAGGAUGACAAGAUGCAGCAGCAGCAGCAGCGCAGCCUGCACAGCCUCCUGGUGGAAGGAUCUCAAAUCUCGUCGCUGGGCCCCGAUGACUGGGACACGGUUUGCAGCUAUGAGGAAAUCGUGUUUGCGCGGACAACGCCCGAGCAGAAACUGCGCAUCGUGGAGGAGUUCAAGUCGCGCGACCAGGUAGUGGCAGUGACGGGCGACGGGGUCAACGACGCACCCGCGCUGCGGGCGGCAGACGUGGGUGUUGCGGUGGUGACGGGCAGCGAGGUGGCCAUGGAGGCGGCGGAUCUGAUCCUGCUGGACCAGUUUGACUCGAUCGUUGAGGCGAUCCGGCUGGGCCGGUUGGUGUUCCAGAAUCUGCAAAAAGUGAUCGCGUACCUGCUGCCCGCGGGCAGUUGGUCGGAAAUCUGGCCGGUGAUCAUGAACGUGUUUUUCGGGGUACCGCUGCCGCUGAGCUCGUUUCUAAUGAUCAUCAUCUGCGUGUUUACCGAUCUGUUCCUAUCGCUGUCGCUGAUCAUGGAGCAAGAAGAGUUCGACCUGCUCUCACUGCCGCCGCGCAACGCCAAGCACGACCAUCUGAUCAACCUCAAGAUCUACGCGCAGUCGUACCUCUUCGUCGGCGUCAUGGAGACCAUCUGCGCGCACUCAAUGUUCUUCUUGUACAUGUACCGCCAUGCGAAGAUCCCUUUCCACUCGCUCGUCUUCGCGUUCGAGAAGUACUCGGCAGGCUUCUACGGUUACACCGAGGACGAGCUCACGCAUUUCACCGCCGUCGGGCAGUGCGUCUACUUUGUCACUCUCGUCAUCCUGCAAUGGGGCAACAUCCUCGCCGUGCGCAGCAAGCGCCUCUCCAUCGUGCAGGCCGAUCCGAUCUGCCGCCCGGAGCGUCGCAACCUGUGGCUCCCGCUCGCCAUGCUCGUCAGCCUUGUGAUUGCCAUCUUCGUUACGGAGGUGCCGGGCAUCCAGACCCUGUUUGGCACCGCCUCGGUGCCCAUCGAGUUCUGGCUGAUUCCUCUGGGGCUGGGCUUUGGAAUUCUCGUCAUGGACGAGUUGAGAAAGGUUACUGUUCGGAUGUGGCCUAAUGGGGUGAUAGCAAAGAUUGCGUGGUAGUUCUCUCCCCCUAGUUACCUAGUUACUAGGCGAAGACUGCUUCUACAUCAACGUAAAUCAUUUCAUGAUAUGUGAUUAUGUGCAUAGAACCUUACAAAAUAAAAUAGAGGAUUAUGAAUGUAAAUUGAUUAACUUGGUCCAGACCACUAUAUAUAUAUAUAAACCCCCGCGUCAAGGGAGCCGUGAAGAGAACUGUGUAUAAGAAUGUUGAAAGAGAGAGAGAGAGAAAAAAGAAAAGGAAAAAGAAAGAAAAAAGAAAACGAGG